CCUAUAAAUACCCCGACACACUGACCGACUCUUUUGCUCCACGCGUCGAAUCAAAAUACAAUCGAUUUCAAAUAUCUUCUUGAGGAGUUUUCACAUUCACUCGAAAAUGGGAAUCUGCGUGUCCUCUAACCAGAGAGAGUCCAAUUCUCCACCGACGGUGAAGAUCGUGACGGUUAACGGCGAUCUCCGGGAAUACAACGCUCCGGUGCUAGCAUCUCAAGUCCUGGAAGCCGAAUCAGCCGCUGCUGCUUCUUCCUCUAGACCUUCACCGUACUUCAUCUGCGAUUCAGAUUCUCUCUGCUACGACGAUUUCAUACCGGCGAUAGAACCGGAGCAACCGCUUCAAGCCGAGCAGAUCUACUUCGUCCUACCCAUCUCUAAGCGUCAGAGCCGUCUAACGGCUUCCGACAUGGCGGCUCUCGCCGUGAAAGCAAGCGUCGCGAUACAGAACUCCGUGGGGAGAGAAUCUCGUCGGCGUAAAAAGGGGAGGAUCUCGCCGAUGAUGAUGCUUACUCAGCCUAACGAUUCCGUCGCCGCUGUUAACGGAAAAGUGAAUGAAUCGACGGUUCCGUUAAAGGCAUCGAGCGGUUAUAACCGGUCCGGUUCGGUGCGUAAUUUGAGAAGAUAUACUUCUAAGCGAGCAAAGUGGGCGGUUCGAUCCUUUAGGUUGAAACUUUCAACCAUCUAUGAAGGCGCCGUCGUUUAGAUCCGUUAUAUAACUUUUGUUUGUUUGUAUAGAAAUCACCAAACAAAGUAUUCAUAUGAUUGGCUAUGUUUCUAUAAUUAGACAAUCAUAAUUUACAACUAUACGUAAGAUUAAUAAUAAUACUGUGCUAAGAUAUAAACCUUGAAAGUGGUUGUUUUGU